UGUCAACCCUAGAGUCAUGUCGUCAUGUCGAAUUUAUAACCUCUAAAGUUUAAUAUUUCCUUUUUAUUUAUUCUUUCUUGCUCACGAUUUGUAAACGUGUCGUAUAGAUCCACGUAACAAUUAAUAGCUAACUCAAUAUUACAAAAAGCAAAUAUUUUAUCAUAAUGACUGAAGCGGCCAGCGAAAAGUUAUCCAAGAAUGAAUUAAAACGACGGCUGAAAGCCGAACAGAAGUUAAAAGAGAAAGCGGAAAAGGUAGCCCAACAACCAGUUGAAACUACUGAGAAAAAAUCAGCAAAAGCUGAGGAAGAAAUCAGUCCAAACGAAUAUUAUAAACUUAGAACAGCAGCAGUUGCUGCUCUUAAAAAUGGAGCCAAAGAAGAUCAUCCAUACCCUCAUAAGUUUACUGUCACUACGUCACUGGAGGAGUUCAUAGAAAAGUAUAACAACUUGGAUAGUGGUGAAGUGUUAGAAAACGUCUCAGUGUCUGUUGCUGGUAGAGUCCAUUCAAUCAGAGAAUCUGGUGCUAAACUUAUUUUUUACGACCUAAGGGGUGAAGGUGUGAAGAUUCAGGUGAUGGCCAAUGCCAAGAUGUAUGAAUCUGAGGAAAAAUUCAUCACAGACACUGAGAAACUAAGACGAGGUGACAUUAUCGGCUGUGUUGGACAUCCAGGCAAAACCAAGAAGGGAGAACUUUCUAUUGUACCCAAAACAGUCAAACUGUUAUCUCCUUGUCUGCAUAUGAUGCCGCAUCUUCAUUUUGGUCUUAAGGACAAGGAAACAAGAUUCAGAAAGAGAUAUUUGGAUCUCAUUUUAAAUGACAAGGUCAGACAAAUAUUCUAUACCAGAGCAAAAAUUAUUUCAUAUGUUAGGCGAUUCUUUGACAACAUGGGCUUUCUGGAGAUAGAAACACCAAUGAUGAACAUGAUUCCUGGAGGAGCCACAGCCAAGCCUUUCAUCACACAUCACAACGAUUUAGACAUGGACCUCUACAUGAGAAUAGCUCCUGAACUUUAUCACAAAAUGCUGGUAGUAGGUGGCUUAGAUCGUGUUUAUGAAAUUGGGAGACAGUUCAGGAAUGAAGGCAUUGAUCUGACUCACAACCCUGAGUUCACGACUUGUGAGUUUUAUAUGGCUUAUGCGGACUACAAUGAUGUAAUAGCCAUAACUGAGUCAUUGCUUUCAGGAAUGGUUAAAAGUAUCCAUGGCACUUAUAAGAUAAAAUAUCAUCCAGAUGGGCCAGAUGGAGAGGAAUUAGAAAUUGAUUUUACGCCACCAUUUGCUAAGGUGCCCAUGAUUGCCACUCUGGAAAAGGAACUCAAAGUGAAACUGCCACCCGCUGAUCAAUUAGGCACUCCUGAGGCAAACGCUAUGCUCAGCCAACUGUGUGAGAAACAUCAGGUUGAAUGCCCACCUCCAAGGACAACAGCAAGACUCUUAGAUAAACUGGUUGGGGAGUUUCUGGAAGAAAAAUGUAUUAACCCUACAUUCAUAUUAGACCACCCACAGAUUAUGAGCCCCUUAUCUAAAUACCACAGGGAGGUUCCCGGCCUUACUGAAAGGUUUGAACUGUUUGUUAUGAAGAAAGAAAUAUGCAAUGCAUAUACAGAGUUGAACGAUCCGGCGAUACAGAGGGAACGUUUCGAGCAGCAAGCCAAGGACCGCGCGGCCGGCGAUGACGAGGCGCCACCCACGGACGAAGCCUUCUGCACCGCCCUGGAGUACGGGUUACCGCCCACUGGGGGAUGGGGGCUGGGAGUCGAUCGCCUGACGAUGUUUUUGACUGACUCCAAUAACAUUAAAGAGGUACUGUUGUUCCCUGCAAUGAAGCCUGAUGAUCCAAACAAACAUCUUAAAGAAGAAUCAAAUGAACCACCGGCCCAAAAUGGGGAAUAAAAGUAGGAACACUUUACCAGUAUGGCAGUGCCACUACUUAGUGCAUCAAAUCAACAAAAUAUACCAACACUUGAAGAACAGUGACUCACCUUUACACUUGACUAUUGAAAUGGACAUGAAAGGAUUGUUAGCAGAAAAUAUAUUGAAAUUAUAGCACACUCAAAUGAUAUGCGGGCGACGGGGGGAGGACUGCGAGGGUAUGAAGUCGUGCGCGUAUUGAUUAAAAAAAAUCCAUGGUUCUCGCUGGAUUUGUGAAAAGUAGAGUUUUACGUUGACGAAUCGCGGAUGUCCGGUAGUUUUUAAUAUUAACAAUAAAAAAAUUUGAGAGUUAAGGAAAAUACUAUAACACUGAUUUUUUUUAUUUUCCAAAAUCCUAAUAAAUAACAAUAAUACACCUAAAGAAAGUUGUAUUUUUUUGUUUAUGCUUUAAAGGUUUUCAUGAAAGAAAUCCCACGGCUAAAACGUGAACUAAAAUUGACAGCGCCUUACACAAAUGACAAUAUGACCGCCAAUAUGACAUUAGCGCCGCGUCUUUGGGACUUUUUUCACGAAAAGGACUUAACUUAAAUGAGUUUAUUUGAAUAAAAAUUUUCUUGUAACCACCCUUUUUUUAUUGUUUAUAUUGUCUUUUGAUUUAGUGUGUUGGGUAGUGAGGUCACUUUGCUUUGAAGUAUGGUACUUAAAUGUUGGGUGCAAUUCAUGAGUGUACUGUAGAUUUUUGUAUUGGAUUGAAACCUGUGUUUUAUUCUGUAUUAAAUAAAAGUAUUUAAAGAAAAAUUUA